AUGCCGUGCCAAUGUCCCACUCAUGCAAGUAUUCCCGAGAUCUCGAAUAGAGAGCUACAGGAUACGCACCGCCAAGAGGACUUGACCAUCUUGAAAGAUAUGCCAGGCAGAACGACUGCCGUCGUGGUCAGUACAUGGCGUUUCAAGGAUAGUGCCCAUCGACAUGGAUAUCUCGGAUGGCUGUUGGCAAAUGCCAGCAACUACAGCCCGCAACCAGUUCAACACAACCCUCCAUUUCUAUUCCUUCGCACUGUAGGCGGUUGGGUCCGUUUGCAAUCCACAGGACUGCCUCCAGUACGCUCGUUCCUGGCACGAAACGUUCUGCGUCUUCUGACAGUCGAUAUCCGUUGGACAACCGCCGAUCCAGAGACCCUGAUAACCAGACUCGGUCAAUCCUUCGUCCCUCCCACGACCCACUCUGCAGAAGCUAUGGCUUGCAUGAUGGGCAUGAAAGGGAGGGGUUACAGAGGCAAAACAAGAAUGAAUGAUCCUGCGGCCAUGGAUAUGGAACCAGAGGGUGACCAGAACAAAAAGUACCAGAAUACGUGGGACAAGGAAGGCGAAGAGGAGCCUGAGGAGGGUAUGUUAACAGGGUCCGACUUUGCAUUCGAUGAUGAGGUCGCAAGCGACGAAGGACAAGCACUUUCGAUUAUGCAUUACAACUUUUCGUCCGACGAGGAAACCCUUCUCGAAUUCCAUCCGGCUUCGAGCGGGGCUGUGGAAUAUGGAAAGUGCAAGGGCGAGGAUGAGGAGGGUCCGAUUGAGGACGAUCAAAUCUACUCUCAAACCGCAUCCAGACAGAGUUGCUACUCAUUGUUUAUGGAUCCUGAACCAGGGUUUACGAGCCAUAUAUGCGAGAACUACGACGACUAUCUAUCAUCGUCCGAUUUCAGCUUUGCACCCGUGUCCUGA